AUGGAAACUUCAAAUGUCAUGAAACAAAAUGAGCAUUAUAAUCUUAAUAGUACACCUCAACUAACUGCAAUACAAAAAUCAUUUAGUUAUAUUCAGAAAGCUGUUGAAGAGCAUAAAGCUAAAUUUAACUCACAAGAUGUCUUUUUUAUUGUUGACUAUGGUUGUGCACAUGGUGCAAAUUCAUUUGUAGCUAUUCAAGCAAUUAUCAAAGCACUAACACAAAAAUAUGGGUUAACUAUAGAGAAUCAAAUCAGUGUCAUUUAUAAUGAUCUACCACAAAAUGACUGGUCGGCAUUAUUUCAAGUUGCAUCACAAUCAUCUGUGACUAGUCUUGCAUCUGGUAAAUCAUUUUAUCAACAAAUUCUACCAUCAAAUACAGUUCAGUUUGGUUAUACAUCAACAGCAAUACAUUGGCUUUCAAAGAAACCAUGUAAUCUUCAACAACAUUGUAUUGCUUUAGGUGGAAAAUCAUCAGCUGAAGAACUAAAACUGUGGUCGACACAAGCAGCUGAAGAUUAUAGACUAUUUUUACAACAUCGAUCCAUCGAACUGAAACGAGGUGCUGUUCUUGUUUGUGUCAAUCUGAGCCGUAAUAAUAUAAAUGAAACUGGUUAUCUUGGAACCGAGCAUAAUCUUUAUCGAUCAGCUAUCACCGUUCUUGAUCAAGAUGAAUUAUUAAACUAUAAUAUACUAGUUUAUUAUCGUAGUUUGGAAGAACAAACUGAUCCUACUCUUCUUAAAGAGCUUAAUUUUGAAUUAAUUUGUGCUGAUUUACAUCUAUUAGAAAAUCUAAUCUAUGAAGAUUACCAUCAGAAAAAUAUUGAUUUCGACGAGUUCAUUGAAAAAUAUACAGAAUCUGUACUUAGUUGGUCAGAGUCAAGUUUUACAAGUUGUUUGAGAAAAGAUCGAACAAAAGAAGAACAAAUGAAAAUUAGUGAAGAAUUUUGGAAUGAAUUUCGAAAUGGAGUUCGGUUACAAGGAGCAGAACCAUUUAAGCACAAUCCAUAUCAAUCGUACGUUGUAUUACGAAAACUUUAA